AUGGCUUCUGAGAAGGUUGAGACUGUUAUAGCCGGAAGCUACGUAGAAAUGGAAAGAGAAGGGGAAGAGAUUGACUCAAAGACAACUAAGAGCAAGCUCUCCACCUUUCUUUGGCAUGGCGGCUCAGCCUAUGAUGCAUGCUGGACUGCUUACCUCAUCAGUCUGCUCUAUGUUGAGUACAGAACUAGAAAGGAAAGAGAAAAGGUUGAUUUUAGGAACCAUGUAAUUCAGUGGUUUGAAGUUCUUGAUGGGCUGCUGGGGAAGCACUGGAGGAAUGUUGGCCUCUUUUUCAACUGCACUUUUCUUCUGUUCGGAUCUGUAAUUCAGUUAAUUGCCUGUGCAAGUAACAUCUACUACAUAAACGACAAUCUUGACAAGAGGACUUGGACUUAUAUCUUCGGAGCUUGCUGUGCUACAACUGUCUUCAUCCCCUCCUUCCAUAAUUACAGAAUUUGGUCAUUCUUGGGCCUCAUUAUGACCACCUACACUGCUUGGUAUCUCACCAUUGCUUCCCUUAUCCAUGGAAAGGUUGAGGGAGUGAAGCACUCUGGUCCAACCACAAUGGUUCUCUACUUCACUGGAGCUACCAACAUUCUCUAUACAUUUGGUGGACAUGCUGUUACAGUGGAGAUUAUGCAUGCAAUGUGGAAGCCACAGAAAUUCAAGUUGAUAUACUUGAUGGCCACACUCUAUGUGCUGACCUUAACUCUGCCAUCAGCUUCUGCUGUUUACUGGGCUUUUGGGGACAAUCUCUUGACUCAUUCCAAUGCUCUAGCUUUGCUUCCAAGGACUGGAUUUAGAGACACUGCUGUUGUGCUCAUGCUCAUCCAUCAGUUUAUCACAUUUGGAUUUGCUUGCACCCCUUUGUACUUUGUGUGGGAGAAAUUCAUUCAAAUGCAUGAGACCAAGAGCAUGUUGAAGAGGGCCCUGGCUAGGCUCCCAGUGGUGAUCCCAAUUUGGUUCCUUGCUAUCAUAUUCCCAUUCUUUGGGCCCAUCAACUCAACUGUUGGAUCUCUUCUUGUCAGCUUUACUGUCUACAUAAUUCCUGCUUUAGCUCACAUGGUCACCUUUGCUUCUGCAUCUGCUAGAGAGAAUGCUGUAGAGAGACCACCAUCAUUGUUGGGAGGGUGGGCUGGCUCAUACGCCAUUAACAGCUUUGUGGUGGUUUGGGUUUUGAUAGUGGGAUUUGGUUUUGGAGGGUGGGCAAGCAUGCUCAACUUCAUACGACAAGUCGACACAUUUGGUCUAUUCACCAAGUGCUACCAAUGCCCCCCACACAAAGCAUGA